CAAACACCCCCACAACCAAUCUCCAAAGAUCAGCUGACCUAAAACCAAAAAAACAUUAUCCACACCCAAGACUCUCUCACAGGCAUGUGCCUAUGAUUUGUGGAAAUUAAACUGAAAUUUGAAGAAUGAGGUCCAUCCAUCACCACUAUCCACCACCACCACUCUCCACCUUGAAUCACCAGCAUGCACCAUCAGGAUCAGGUGGGGUGUUUCCAAGAUACAAUUUUUAUUUGCCAGUAGUAAAUCCCGUGAGGAGCAAGGCCAUGGCUAUCACCACCUCUCAUCUGGUGGUUCUCAGUGUCAAUUCACCCGCCACCACCGGAGAUUUAACAGUCUUGAUUCCCACAAGUCUGGCGUUCUUAUUUCUUUACUGGAUUGCCAACUUUGUGGUGCCAGGAUUCGUGAUGAAGGACCUCCAAUCUGACGAUGCAAGUAAAGAUGAAAACCCUAACGAGGAAGGAUUCAAGUGACAAUUCCAUUCAUUAACUAGGGAUGCACCUCCUGGCUUAGGCAAUUGGCAGUAGGUGUUGAGACGACCAGAAUGGUGAGGUCAAUGAAAGAUCUUCUGAUGUCAUCAAGAGAUUCUUCACCUGUGAGGGAGAAAGCUGGUUUAAACUUCUCCACAGUGAAAUCAUUAGUACUGAGGGACAAGGAAGAUAAGAUUGAUAUGGAGUUUGGUACUGAUGAGAAAGUCAAAGUUGUGUCACUUAUCAGUUCACUACUUGGUGCAGAAGGGCAUCUUUCUGGAAGGAAGAGUACGCCUAAAUUGGAGACAAAUCCAACAAUUAUAUCUUUGCUCAAAGACCUUCAUGCUGCCCCUCCUGACAGCUUUGUUGUAGAGCUUGCUGAAGCCAUUGGAUGCUUGAAAACUCUAAGGAAAAUGGCAUCUUUUUGGUACAGGGUUGUUGCAGAAAUAGAUCUUCGUGUUUCCUUAAUAAUGGGGACAGAUAUAUACUGGUAUGGAUGGAUUUUGAACUUUUGGUGUGUGCAGUUGAGAAGAUUAUGGUGUGAUGGACAGCAUAUUCCUGGCAUCCCAGUUGACAAAAUUCCAGAUUUGAACUGCUGUCUGUUGUAUCAACAGUUACAGGUCAUCAAUUGCUGUAUCUCAAGAAAAAAACGACGUACGUCAUCAUCAGUAGAGUCUGUAAUGAAUUACUCUUAAAUGAUCGUUAAUUCCUCAAUAAUAAUUAUAAAUAGAGAAUAAAAAAUCUCAACACCUCA